AUCACAGCUCUUUACUAUCACCUUAAAAGCAAAGUUAAAGCUCUCAUAUUCUCUGAUUAUCAUUUCUCAUUUAUCAUUUGAUCAAGAGUAACUAACUAACUAUGGCUGAAGAGUACAAGAACGUCCCCGAACACGAGACCCCCAAGAUCACCACCACGGAGGAAACAUCUGCGGCAACAGGAGAGGUUAAGGAUCGUGGUUUGUUUGAUUUCUUGGGAAAGAAGGAGGAAGUGAAGCCUCAAGAGACGACCACACCGCUUGCGUCGGAGGUGGAGCAUAAAGCUCAGAUCACAGAACCUGAGCAUAAGCCUACCCUCAUCGAGCAGCUUCACCAGAAGCACGAGGAGGAAGAAGAGAACAAGCCCAGUCUCUUACAUAAGCUUCACCGAUCCAACAGCUCUUCCUCCUCAUCAAGCGAGGAAGAAGGUGAAGACGGUGUGAAGAGAAAGAAGGAGAAGAAGAAGAAGACCGUUGAAGGAGAUGAGAAGAAGGGAGUGAUGGAGAAGAUCAAGGAGAAGCUUCCAGGUCACAGCGAAAAACCAGAGGAUUCUCAAGUCGUUAACACGGAGGCUGCAGUACCAGUGACUGAGGAGACGGCGGUGCAUCCGGAGGAGAAGAAAGGGAUUCUUGAAAAGAUCAAAGAGAAGCUUCCAGGUUAUCAUGCUAAGAGCACUGGAGAGGAGGAGGAGAAGAAGGAAAAAGAGUCUCAUGCUUAAGAAAGAUUAAAUAAUAUAAUGAUGCUGAAGUGGGAUACUUGAUGUGUUUUUUUCUCUGUUAUUUAUCUUUUAAUCUGUUUCUGUAAGAUUGUGUCUUUCGUUGGUUUGCAUUCUGCAUCGUUGUUAUUGUAAUUUAAGUAUCUCUGUUUUAAAGUUCGCAUAUGGUUUCUAAGUAAUAUUUCGAGUUAUGUGUGUAAUGUUCAUUUGAUAGCUCCAUAAAACUCUCCUUGUAUACAUUUGGUUAUUACGGUGUCAUACUCCUGUCCACAUGGUCACCUCGUAUUUGCAAGAGUUUCAAGUGAUGAGUGAUGACAUCCUUUGGAAAAUUGUUAAAACAAAUACUAAAUGUUAAGACCUUUCAGCAUGUCCCAUCUGGCUUCUUGAGAUUUUGCCCCACAAAAAAAUUCUCAUGAGAAGUCACAACUUCUCUUCAUGUGUGAUUUUUUUAAAAAUGGACAUUUUCUUAGAAA